UGUGCGGGAUGGUUGUGUUGAGUUUACAAAAGAGGCUUUACUGCUAAAGCGUCAAUAGGAUCAUUUGCAUUAUCGAUUGAAAAAUCAAGCUUACAAUAGCAUAGGUGUGAUUAGAUUUCAGGCUGCAGCCUCUGGUGAGCAGUGUAUAAAGAAAAUAACCGAAUACUAAAUUAUAGGUUGACAAAAUGAAUAUUUUACCAAAAAAAAGGUGGCAUGUUCGUACCAAAGAAAACAUUGCAAGAGUCCGCAAAGAUGAAGCGCUAGCAGCUGAACAAGCUAAAGUAGAACAAGAUCGUAUCAAAAAAGCUGAAAGUGAAGCAAGACUAAAACUACUGAGAGAUGCAUCAAGAAUUCAAAGCGGUUUUGAAGAUGCUAGCAUUCACAGUGAAACCAAGGCUGAACCUAUAAAAAAUAUUCCUGAAUCUUCUUCGAAGCAUAUAAAUUUCUUUGAAGAAUUGGAGCAAGGUAAUAUUGAUCACAAGAAAGCAAAUAAAGAUUAUGAAAAAGAUGUAAAAGAAGAACAAGAAAAGUAUGAAAAGCAAAUUGGAUUACUUACAUAUCUUGGCCAAAAUUGUAAAGAUUCUGAAACUAAACGAUGGUACAAUGAACUUCCACAGCGACUAUGUGAUGAGGAUGCAAAUAUAGAAUUUAAGCCAAACAAAAAAGCUCUUGAAGAUCCUCUGUCGGACAUAAUGAGGUACAAAAGAAUUCUUUCAUUAAAAAAGGGUGUUAAACCUGAACCAUCGCGAAAAAUAACUGAAAUACCACAGCAAAUAACUGUACCAAUUCCAAAAGAAACUAAACCAUUGCCUCAAGUACUUGAUAACGAUGUGAAAAGGUAUAUGAAUAUCAUAUCCAUUAAGCCAAGUGAUGAAAUCGAAAAAAGUAUAUCAAAUAAAAGAAAACGCAAACACAGUUCUUCCAGUGAAGAUAGUGAUUACAGUGACAAAAAACACAAAAAACAUAAAAAGAAUAAAAAACACAAACACAAAAAAUCAAAAAAGCACAAGAAAAAUAAAGAGGAAAAAGAAGUGAAAUCAAGUUUAAAUAUAGAAAAGUUAAGAGCAGAGAGAUUAGAACGUGAAAAAGCUGAAAGACUGAGAGCACAGGCUUUAAUUGCAGAAAAAGAAACGGAAAAAGAAAGUGCAAGACCUACCUUUAAACAGAAGUACAAUUCUCAGUACUUCCCAGAACUUGCAAGACAAAAUUAUGAAAGGAGUCAUAAGGGAAACCAUUAAUUAAUUAAAUUGAUUAUUUAAUUGCUUAAAAAUGGAGUCUCACUUGUAAAAUAUUGUGUACAUA